AACGUCAUCCACAUGGUGACCUAACCUAAAUUCAACAACGAAAAAAAUAUCAACUUGACAGCUCUUUCGGUAAAUGUCAGAAUUCAAAGCAAGUGCGACGAGUUUAACAUAAAUAAUUUCGCAAUUGUUUCGUUUUGUGUGUUUAGAUAUUCAUUCAGCUAGUUUUUUUUAUGUUGUGAUCGUCAGUUUUGAAGGUAAAAACUCAGCCAUGGAUUGGAAUGCUGAAAAUAAAAACUUGAUCAUCAAACAAGAACGAGAAGAAAGUCCAUACAUAAAAAAGGAACCUGUCCUCGAUUCGGAGAAUAAUGAAGAGUCUUACAGCUUCACGAAAGAUUGUGUGGACAGCGUUGAAAUAAGUUGUGUACCAUUUCUACAAGAUUUAAUUGGAUAUAAUGUUGAACAAGAAUUUAUUGUUGGAGAUGAAGAGGUUGAUUUGUCGUCAGCGAGUUGCAUUGAAGAUCUGGCGAUAAUGCGUGUGAUGGAUAGUGAUGACGAAGACUCUGAAUCGGAUUAUAAGGAAAAUAUCAGCCAAGUGUCAUUGUUCAACUGUGCAUAUUGUAAUUUUGCUUGUUCCAAUAUAGACACAUUGGCCAAGCAUGUCACAGUGAACCAUUGGUUGGAGAAUAAAUUGAAAAAUCGACGAAUUCCCAUGGAAAAUAUCAUGAGCGGCAUAAAACGAACGUAUCAAUGCUAUUUGUGUGGUUAUGAGUCGACUUACUCCAAACUGAAAGAUCAUUUCACAAAACACACCGGGAACAAAGAUCAUGAAUGUAAAAUUUGUGGAAAGCGUAUUGGACGAAAGACUGAUUUACAUCGGCACGAAUUACGGCAUCAGAAAUUGAAAAAAUUCAAAUGUUCGUAUUGCCCGAAACAGUUUAUGGAACGAUCACAGAUGCUGUAUCAUGAGCGCUGCCACACUGGCGAAAAGCCAUACGCCUGUAAAAAAUGUCCGAUGCGAUUCUCUUAUGCAUCCAGUUUAAUGCGACACAACCGAAGUCAUUUGGGGGAAAAACCGUAUCAAUGUAACAUUUGCUUGAAACGGUUCACAGCCAAAGAUAACCUCAAGGCCCAUGCAAGCGUUCACAGCGAUCUUAGGCCGUUUGUUUGCCAAAUUUGUGGUAAAGCAUUUAAAAGAAAGCGACUUUGGAGAGAUCAUAGCAAAAUUCACGAAACUAACCGGUCUAAUGAGAUGCUAUUCGCAUGUGAUGAGUGUCCAUCAAAGUUUGCACAUAUCGCAGGCCUAAAUCGUCAUAAACAAAACCAUGCCGGUGCUAAGCGUUAUAGAUGUGUCAUAUGUUCCAUUGAUUUUUCAAUUCGUCAACAUUACAUGAUACAUAUGGAUAAACAUUACAAGGAUACACACUCAAAUCUGAUGUUGUUCAAGUGUAAACAAUGUAAUAAGCAAUUCAACUCGAAGAAAGAAUGGAUGGCCCAUAAAAAAGCGCAUAAAUCUUCCAGACGCACUAUGUUAAACCAGCCAAAUUAUAAACUUAACCAAAAUACAGCGGUGAAUCGAUUGACAGCCAUUGAAUCAUCAUUUGAUUGCACGGUGUGCUCGAAAAGUUUUGCUUCGAGAAGUGGUCUCAAGCGGCACGUACAAAUUCAUUCUACCGAUAAACGGUUCCAGUGUGAGAUUUGCUCAAAAAGAUUUCAGCUACAGAGCUAUUUAACGGAACACAUGAAAAUUCAUACUGGGGAGAAGACGUUCAAUUGUAUUCAUUGCUCGAAAAGGUUUUUGAGACGAUCAAGGUUGGAAUUACACAAGCGAUCACAUUUGAAUCAAGCCUAUCUAGACAUACAAUCUGGUAUUAUUUCAUUAGCCACGGAUGAUUGAUGAAUUUAUGCUUUUCCAAAUCAAGGAGUUUUUUUUUAACCAUAUGAAUAUAUCGAAAUGUUUGUAAUCUAUUUCAGUAUUCCAGAGCGAUGCGAACAAUAUAUUUUUCUAGAAACAGUUGCUGUUUUUUAUAUUUAAGUUUGGAAAAUGUAUCGAUGUUAUUCGAUCAACAGUCUGUCUCGAUUAAAUACCUCAUAUUAAAAUGA